UAAUGACUUAGCCAGAUAAGGUUGUCAAACAUGUCGCCUUGAGCGGUGCAAUCGUCAAACCUCAGCAGUAUAAGUAGUCAUGUUUCUGCUCUAACAGAGUCACCACCACGUAAGCCGAGCAUUUCUUGAGAAGUUGCUAAAUUAGCAAGUCGAAAAUGAACAAAAUCAUCCUCGCUAUCCUUUCCCUGGCCGUGCUUUCCAUGUAUGUUGAAGCCGGCGGAAUUCCCAUUGGAGGAUAUGGACUUGGUGGUUAUGGACUCGGAGGCGGAUUCGGCGGAGGACUUGGAUUCGGUGGCGGUCUGGGUUGGGGUCUAGGAGGUGGCUAUGGACUUGGUGGUGGUCUCGGUGGAUUUGGUGGACUAGGCGGCCUUGGAUAUGGAAUUGGAAGUGGAUUCGGUGGUGGCUUUGGAGGUGGCUUUGGAGGUGGAUUCGGCGGAGGACUUGGAUAUGGUCUAGGUUUAGGUUACGGCGGUCUUGGCGGCUAUGGAGGAUACGGAAGAGGAUAUUAUUAAAAAUGUCCAAGGCAGGUGGUAUUUGAACAAUAGUUUGUAUUACUUUGUAAUAACGCCAUUGUUUUUAUCAUCAAUGUAAAAUAAAGAAAUAAAUUAUUCAAA